UAUAUUCAAGAUAUACUGCAUUUAAUGAUGGACCCCCGUACCAGUGCACAGGACGUGAUGCGAUGUGACCUGUGUGAGACCGCUGUGGUACAGAUGCACUGUGAUACAUGUCUUGUCAACCUGUGUACAGCUUGUGUAGGGAAACACAUGAUAUCUGAUGAAUCCAAGGAUCACAAGGUUGUCAAAUUUCAGUCCAGGAAAUCUACUCCUCUCUAUCCUAGAUGUUCAACUCAUGACAAAGAACUGUGUGAAAUGUACUGUAAUCAAUGUGACAUUCCUGUUUGCAAUAGUUGCCUAACAUCUGACCAACACCUAGGUCAUAAAUUAUUAAAAAUUUUGCAAAUUGUGGAAAAACAAAAGAACAAGAUAAUUCAAAAACAAACUGAGUUAAAAGAGACAUUUUUUCCAACCUACCAGGAUAUUGCCUCUGAUGUACAAAACAGAAUGAGUCAGUUAGAAAAGGAAUAUGGAGAUCUCUCAACAGCCAUAACAAAACAUGGAGAGGACUGGCACAGAGAAGUUGACAAACUUGUCAAGAAACUUAAAGCUGAAGUUGAUGAGAUGAAAAAUACACAGUUACAAACUCUACAGAAACAUCUGGAUGAAAUAAACAAGACAAUUUCUUACAUCAAGGAUGAAAUAGAUUCAGUUCAUGUCACUAUAGACUCUAAUGACUUCUCAAAACUGUUCAGCGUUAAAUUCAAUGUAGACAGAUACAAAAAACUUCCACAAAAACUUGUGCCGUCAAAACCUAAAUUCAUUCCUGGAAAAAUUCAAAGAGAAGAACUAAGUAAAUUGUUUGGUACUUCAGCAUCAAGUUCUUUAACUUCAGAUAAACAUGGCUACAAGAUAAAGACAACACAGAAAUCACCAGAAGCUGGAUCCUCUCCUCCAGUCAAACAGCUGCUUGAUGAACCAGAGACUGUCACCACCAUACACACUGAGUAUAUAUACCUUACCACUGUGGCCUGUCUGAGUGAUGAAGAAAUCUGGACAAGAGGAAAUGACAACACCAUGAAACUCUACAGCAUCAAUCAGGGAUCACUACUCAAGUCAAUCACAACCAAGUCAGGGAACCUACCAACUGACAUAGCAGUGACAAAAAGUGGAGAUCUAGUUUAUACUGAUUACUGGGAUAGAACUGUGAACAUUGUGAAGAAUGAGGAGAUAGAGGAGGUGAUCAGACUACAGUACUGGAGACCUUUCAGUGUCUGUAGUACCUCCUCUGAUGACCUCCUGGUUAUCAUGGACAGUGAUGAUUACAAACAAACAAAAGUUGUCUGUUACUCUGGCUCCACAGAGAAACAAACCAUUCAGUUUGAUGAUAAAGGUAAACCUCUCUAUUCAUCUGGUCUUUAUGACAGAUAUAUUACUGAGAACAGGAACCUGGAUAUCUGUGUGUCUGACUAUGGAGCUAAAGCAGUAGUGGUGGUCAAUCAGACCGGGAAACUGAGAUUCAGGUACACUGGACAUACUCCUGCUCCAAAGAACAAAACAUUCAAUCCAGUAGGAAUCACCAAAGACAGUCAGAGUCACAUCCUUAUAGCUGAUUAUGACAAUGAAUGUGUCCACAUCACAGACCAGGAUGGACAGUUCCUCUGUUACAUAGACUAUGGACUGAGUAAACCCUGCGGACUGUGUAUCGAUACAAAUGACAAUCUGUUUGUUGCUCAAUGUAGAAACAGACAAGUGAAGAAAAUCAUAUAUUUGAAAUGAAUUCUGUUACUGUACUUAGUCUAGUAUUAUAAUGGUAAUUCAUAGCAGAAUGCAUUCACAAUAUUAAUCACAGAUAUUGAUAUUUGAUACAAUAUCCAAGCUGAAUUAAAUGAUGAAUGUGACAGAUUAGCUGCAAUUAAAUAUAUUUAACCCAGAGACUGACA